CAAAAUAAAAAAAAUAAGAAAAACUACUCCUUGACUUAGUUCAUGCUGCUGUGAAUUUCUUGACUCUCAAACCCAAUACACAAAACUGCAGAUUUAUACACAGAGAAGAAGAAGAAGAAGAGAUCACCCCACCCCCACCCCCACCCCCAUUUCUACCCCCACCCUACCAAAUCCAUCAUCGACCCACUUUCCCUUUUCCCAUAUCAAUCCGACCCAUUUGCUCAAUUUCAAAUUUACAGGUCUCCUCAGCUCCCAAAUUCGUCUCUAUUGUAUCACCAUUGUUGUACAUACGACCCGUUUUUUUUGAUAAUUCCGGGUUCUUUACUUCUGUUUUCGGGUCGAAUCCAGAUGAAGAUACCGAAAUGUACGUAAAUUUUAAGGAACCCAAUGUGUUCAAUUUGUUUCUAGCUGUGAUAAAUUGAGAAGAAAAUAUGAAGAAUCAAUUGGUGGUGAAGAGAGAGUCGAUUGUGGCAUGCAUGAGUUGCCCUCUUUGUCACAGACUAUUCAGAGAUGCUACUACUAUUUCUGAAUGUCUUCAUACAUUUUGCAGGAAAUGCAUCUAUAAGAAGCUCUCGGAUGAAGAAUUAGAAUGCUGUCCAAUAUGUAAUAUCGACUUAGGCUGUGUUCCAUUAGAGAAAUUGAGGCCUGAUCAUAAUCUAGAAGAUGUAAGAUCAAAGAUAUUCCCUUAUAAGAGGCGAAAAGUGAAGGCACCUGAAAUUGUGCCUUCAGUCACAUUGCCAGUUAGAAGGAAAGAGAGAUCACUUUCAUCAUUGGGCGUCAGCACUCCCAGAGUAUCUACGCAUACUGGAAUGACAGGAAGAAGAUCAAAAUCGGUGGCAACAAAAGCAUUACGCGGCUCUACCUUUUCCAUUGAGAAAACUAUCAAGAAUGAGGAAGAUUCUGGAGAAGAGCCAGAUAGCUCUAGCUCACCUGACACUUUGACGAAGUCUUCUCAGAGUCAAAGGCAGAAUUAUUCCAACGCCAAGCCUUCUAGCCAUCCCACACCAGACAAAGGAACUGACGAUGGCACUGAACAACAAGAAGGCAAAGUUGAUUUGUGGAAACCUUUGGAUUGUUUGGUGGAAGUAGCAAACAAGAACAAAUGUUAUAAAACAGAAAGCUCGCAUUGCCAUGACAAUGGGGGUCAAGGUUGGGGAAUGAAAGUCAAAGAACAUGGACAGAAAUUGAAGGUCCAAGAUGACAAGCACAACUGUGGUCCUGUUCCUUCAGAAUCAGAAAAACCUAAAAAGUUGCGAAGAAUUCGCCGAAAAAAGGCAUCAACUUUUGGAGAAUUUAGUAUAUCACCACAAGCUGUGCUGGAUUUAAUCAGUGUCAAAUGUGAAAGGAGGACUAAUCCAAUUUGGUUCUCAUUAGUGGCCUCUGAGGACCAGCAGGGAGAGGCACCCUUGCCCCAGAUUUCUGCAGGUUACUUGAGAAUAAAGGAUGGAAAUAUUCCAGUUUUGUUCAUCCAAAAGUACUUGAUGAAGAAGUUGAAUCUUUCUAGCGAAUAUGAGGUUGAGAUAAGAUAUAUGGGACAGUUGCUAGUUCCCACUCUACAACUGAAUAGUUUAGUUGAUAUGUGGCUUCAAACUACCACUUCAGAAAGAGUUCCAGUAAUAAUUGGUUCAUCAGCUAAUGACUUUGUGAUGGUGUUGGCUUAUGCUCGAAAGGUUCCAAGCCUUAUGUCUUGUUGAAUUAUUCUUUUUGCCUUCACAUACUCGAUAGUCUGUACAACCCCGUGCAUACGUUGCAGUAGCAGCCCGGAACUGCUUAGUUAGUAACUCUCAUAUUAGGAAAUGUGGUGAGCGAUUAGACGUGCAGGUUAUAUACAGCAACUGGUGCGGCAACUGUUGCAAAUUAGCAACGAGACGAUAAAGGAGGAGCUUUCACAGAGUACUGUGAAAUUUCAAGCUUAGCACUCGUGGCACUUGUGAGAUACGACUUUUUCAAGUUGAAAUGGUGUUUCUCCAAUCUGUUGCAAGUUUGAAACACUACAUUGUACUAUUGUAGAUGGUGAAUUUGGAUAAUACUUUCAUAUUCAUGUGUUUUUUUAACUUCCAACCAGCAUAGUUUAGUGAACAAAGACAAAUUGUAGGGCGGAUUUUGUGGUUCAACUGAACCCAUUCUUUUUUCAA